CGGCCCCCGAACCCGACAAGGCACUCCAGGCACAGGGACCCGCCGCGCUGGCCUCCCACUCCCCCGCCCUUGCCGGGGGGCCUGCCAUCCGCCGGGGCCGCCCCGCGGCGCCGAGAGGCGUGGCCGACCUGCGCGGACCUGGCGGCCAUGGCCUCAAUGGUGGAGUACAAGGGGCUCAAGGAUGGCUACCACUGCGGCUACUGCGACUCCAAAGAGGGCAAGGCGUCCUGCGGCAUGUGGGCACAUUCCCUGACAGCACAGGAUUAUCAGGAUCUUAUAGACCGAGGUUGGCGAAGAAGCGGGAAAUAUGUGUACAAACCUGUCAUGAAUCAAACAUGUUGUCCUCAGUAUACAAUAAGGUGCCGACCUUUGCAGUUUCAGCCAUCAAAAUCUCACAAGAAGGUUUUGAAAAAAAUGUUGAAAUUUCUGGCUAAAGGGGAUGUUUCCAGAGGAAGUUGUGAGGAUGAGCCUAUGGAUUCCACAGUGGAGGAUGCUGUUGCUGGUGAUUUUGCGUUAAUAAAUAAAUUGGAUAUACACUGUGACCUUAAAACACUACGUGAUGACCUCAAAGAGAGCUUAGAGAGCGAAGAGAAGAAAGGAGGAAACCCAAAGAAAGAAGAAUCUACUGAAUUAAUUCAGUCGCAACAUAUAGAAGAGAAGUUGGGCUCUGGCGAACCAUCACAGUCGGUUAAAGUUCAGACUGUCCCUAAGCCAGGCAAAGGGGCUGAUUUGACUAAGCCUCCAUGUCGAAAAGCAAAGGAAAUCCGGAAAGAAAGGAAGAGGUUAAAGCUCAUGCAGCAAAGCCCAGCUGGGGAACUGCAGGGUCUCCAGGCUCAAGGCGAACUGCCAUCUUUGAUCCCACCAAAGUCUAAAUCCAACCAGACCAAAUCCCUUGAAGAUUUCAUUUUUGAACCUUUACCAGAGGAUGCAUCACACAAGUUAGAGGUGAGGGUGGUGAGAUCAUCUCCACCAAGUUCUCAGUUCAAAGCCACAUUUCAAGAGUCUUAUCAGAUCUAUAAACGUUACCAGAUGAUUGUUCACAAGGAUCCACCUGAUAAGCCAACUGUGAGCCAGGUGAGGUUAGUACCUGUCUCUUUUGAGGACCCAGAGUUCAAGUCGUCCUUCAGCCAGUCCUUUUCUUUAUAUGUCAAGUAUCAAAUGACCAUACACCAGGAUCCGCCUGAUGAAUGUGGGGAGACUGAGUUCACAAGAUUCCUUUGCAGCUCACCUUUGGAGGCAGAGAACCCUCCGGACGGGCCGGACUGUGGUUACGGCUCCUUUCACCAGCAGUACUGGCUCGAUGGGAAGAUCAUUGCCGUGGGUGUGAUUGAUAUCCUUCCGCACUGCGUGUCUUCUGUGUAUUUGUACUAUGAUCCUGAUUAUUCCUUUCUGUCUUUGGGCGUCUACUCUGCACUGCGAGAAAUUGCUUUCACUAAGCAACUUCAUGAGAAAGCGUCUCAACUCAGUUAUUAUUAUAUGGGUUUCUACAUUCAUUCAUGUCCCAAAAUGAAAUACAAGUGGAUGAAGGCCGGAGUAAGGAUCCUGACCGGCUGCAGGUGUUCUACAAGAAAGCCAUUAUGCCUUACGGCGUGUACAAGAAGCGGCAGAGAGACCCCAGCGAGGAAGCCACUGUGCUGCAGUACGCGCGCCUGGUGGGGCAGCGCUGCGCCGAGAGCAUGCUGCUCUUCCGGAGCUGAGAGGCGCUCGCGUGCGUGCGCGCCCCCGCGUCCUCCCGUGUGGACUUCCGGGUCCUGGCGCGCACUCUUCACCUCGGGAACCCUGCACAGUCCAGCCCCCAGGCGUUCUCAUUUUCACCGUUCCACAGCUUUUCUGAAAGAUUUUGUGGCAAUGUAUUUGUGAGGUUCUCGUGAUUAAUGUAAAGAUUUUUAAAAUAUGUUAUGGCCGAGCCUCCUCAUUGGGUUGAUCAUUUAGGGGGUGUGUUUUAUGAACAAGAUGUGCUGAAUUUCCUUUGUCGUUCAUAUUUUGGAAAGUAAAAAUUAGGAAGUCAACGAAAGUAAUUUAAAUCGCAGUUACGCUUUUUUUUUUCCCAAUUGGAGAAAUUGAAACAAACUUCCCUCAGACCCAUUUAAGAUAUUAGUUUAUGUUAGAAAACCUUAAGCAAAGGGAAGAAGGUUGAAAGUCUGUUUUAUCACUUAGAAAAUCUAAGACAGCGAAACUAUGUUGUUACUUACUGUUCAGUAUUACUGCCUAAGAUUAUAUUAUGUAGCUUAAUAGAGAACUUGAAAAAAGAAAAUACAAACCAAAAAAAAAAAAAAGAUCUUGUAUCAGCAUCAGUGUCUGCUUGCCCAGGACAGCUCGGUUCAUGCCUCUUCUCUUGGCGUGGUUUUUCUCCCGUGAAUAAUUGUUACUAGUGCUCCUUUUUUUCUCAGAAGUAUCCCAAUAUGGACAAUAAAAUGUUAUGCAUUAUAUUAUUUGCUGUAUUUCCAAAAAUCUAAGAAAUUGAGUUUUGCUUUUUAAAAGGUGGCUCCUGCCUUGAUUUAAGCCCCAUGAAGUGUAAAUACACGCUAAUUUUCCAUUCCCAGGACUCAGGAUACUUGUCUUUGGUUGUUGAUGAAAAUGAGUUACUCUUGGACUAUUUUUAUAGCCAUGCCAAGAAUCACAUUUGAUUAAGUUCAGGGAUCAUUUUGACCUCUGUUCUGGAGCAAAAAGUGAAACAGUCCACUCCUUGCCCCUUGCUGUGGGAGUCAGGGAGGAGAUGCUACCCUCGGUAACUGGGAGCAGAGACUGCCCUUUGUCUGGUUCGGUCUUUCACUCAUUCAGCAGAUGUCCCCUGUCCACCCUUGUCAUGUAGCAGGCACUGUGCUAGGUACGAAGAUGAGCCAGACCUGGGCCUUCAGGAGGCCCCAGACAGGAGGAGACGCAGACGCAUCCAUUAAUGUUACAGAGAGGUGGGCGCAGCCAUGGAGGUGUGCUAGAGAUGUGGUGAAGAACAGGGGAGGGUUAUUUUCUUGGGUUCCCUUUUUCAGCGAAUCCCAAACUUCUGCUGCCAGCUGUGUGGCCGUGGAGCCCUUAUCAGCCCCCAUUUGGCCUAUUUUUCUAUUGAUUUUUUUUUAAAAAGCCAUAUUAUAAUGCUCAGUAGACUGAAUCCCACUAUUGUAGUCAGUUAAAUAUGUGAUUUUAAACUUUCUCCACAAUUCAUUGAAUUUAGAUACAUUAAAAAAUAACCUUCAGCUAGUCAGAAUGUGAGGAAGGAUUAUAAAAUGAUGUUUCAGAAUGAAAUGUCUAGUAAUUCAACAUUGAAAUAAACUGUAUUUAUGCACUCAGAGAGAGAGAGAGAGUGUGUGUGUGUGUGUGUGUGUGUGUGUGUGUGUGUAUAACAUCUGCCAUCUGCCAGGUAGUUUGCUAACUGCAGAUAGAAUAGUGAGCAAAAACGUUUCCUCUGAUCGCACGGAUCUCACGUUCUUCUGGAAUUUUGUCCUUCAACAUAGUCUCCCAAGACCAUAUGAAGGAUUCUUCUUUGAAACUGCCUUCAGAAUCCAUGGAGCAUUCUUCUUUUUUUCCUUUGCAUAAAUAGGAAAGUAAAAAUAAUCUGAAAUCCCACCACAUCCAGAGAGAGAGAGAGAAAGCCAGAGAAUUGAGACACACACACACACAUAAUUUUAAUGUAAGUAAAAUUGUACUCAACAUGGUCUUUGAUUUCCUCAAGAAUAAGUUACGAGCACAUAUCUGAAAGAAAUUUCAGAAAAUGUUUUGAGUCCCGUCAGUAUUGUUAAAAUAAGUAGGGCCCAGUCAGUACAUGGUGCGUAUGGCAUUUGGAUUUCCAGGUUGUUGAUGUUACCAGCUUGAUUACAUCCAACUUUUAUCUUAGAGAUUAGCUUGUGGAACGAUCUUCACAAAGGUCACAACUCUUGAGUGUCAAAUGAAGAGAAACUUGAAUCUUACCACAACUCUUGUGUCUUCCUGCAGAUUCCGUUUGGAGUUCCUUCAGAGGAAAAUGAUUAACCACCCCUGCCCGGGAAUCAUGGUGUUGACCCUUGAGGGUGGUUUUAUAGGUUGGCUCCAUGAAGCCCCAGAAUGAGUUGGGCAUGAAGUUUCUUUUACUCGGUUACUAUUGGGCAUUAUUGUUUUGAGAAUAGAUAGUGCAUUGCCUUAAUGAGCAGGGUGUCUUCACAGGAGAGUUAUUUGUUCUUUUGAAUCCUAGCUGAGUGAAUAUUGAUAACGGGCUAGAAAAAGACUGUCAAGAGAAGGGACUCAGUUUUGUCAGCUGAUGAGCAAUCUAGCUGAGAAAUCUGAUUUUAUGUUAAUGGAUUUCAUCUCAAGAAGAUGCAGUAGAGACUUUCAAAGACAAGUUAUGAUGAUUAUCAUUUCAAGGUAGGAAACUGUGUCUGCAAUCUUUGUAUUGGCAUCCUCUUCUGAUUUCAAAUAAGUUCACACCUUCCUCCCUGGCUUGGGAACAAAGAUGUAAUAGAGAUUCCUCAUGCUCCCAUCUUUAUUUAAAGAUCUUCAUUUCAUUCACCAACUUUAUUUCAGUUCUGUGAGGUUUUCAUGAUCUUAUUUUUCAAAUGUAACCUGAGCACUUUUUUACUUUCUAAAAGAUAGCAGCUUUUCUCAGAUGAAUAUAUGCUUUGUUUAAAAUUAUUUAGAUAAGAAAUUAUUGCUGUUUACACGUGUUUUCAAAAUGGCUAUCCUAUUUUUUUAAUCCAUUUUGCAAAUAUUAGAUGUGUGUGUUUUCUUAACAUAUUGGAAUCUAUUAUGUAAAUAAACGAUUUCAGAUUUAUGAACAGGAUAUGGUUUGAUAUAUAGGCAUUUGUAUUGUUUCAGGAUAAAUAAAGGUUAGAAAGAAUGUUAUGACCCGUUGACUCAAGUGUAUCUGUUAGUGCUAACUUAAAAGAAGGAAAUGAAAUGGAAACAGUUGGGAAAUGUUGGAAUCAGGAGUUAUUCAAGUGUGCAUUCUUUUCCAAAAGGAAGCCAGCGACUGACUCUAAGGCAAAAGAAGUUUGAUUGCAUGUGUUAUUUUUUUUUUUUUUUGCUCUUGUUUAUGCUUUUUGAACAGUUCAUUUGAUAAAACUUGAAUGGAAAAAAUAAUAAAGCUAUUUCUGUCUGCAGUGGCUCUUGCUGGUCAAUACUUAAAAGACAUAUGUUUCCAUCUUUUUAAUUUUUGAAUAAAUUUCACCUGCAGUGACUAUGCAGCAAUCAGAGGUAAAAUGUUGACUGACAGUGUGAAUCGAACAUUUUUCAUCUCCAGUUAUUGGAAUUCCACAUCAUCUGGUUACCUAGGUCAGCACAUGGUGGAUUCCUUUCUCGGGAAUAAAAUAAUGUAAAAUAGCUCUCAUUUUAAGCAAAGUUCUGGAUUUUCACAAGAUCAUUAGGGAAUAGAUAUUCAUUUAUCCAAAGGGAUUUGAACUAAAAUUUAGCGAGAAAACUCUCCAAGAAAAUUUUAACUUUCAAAGUUUAGAGAAAUAUUCAUAAAUAUCUUGUAAAGCAAAGUAUGCUUUGUUAAUAGUCUGUGUUUAUGGAAUAUAUUUACAAGUAUUCUAUCUUUUUACAACAAAGAGGAUCUGAUAGGUUGGGAUAAAAUGUAUCCUAUUUUCCAAGUGACUUUACUCCCACUGACUCUUUUUUUUCCUAGAAUGGAAAUAGCUUUAUUGUUUUCCUUAUUUUCAAUGGACAGCGUUUGCCAGAGAAUAUUUAGACUACAUAGAAAAGAAUACCAGAGAAAAUAAAAAUCAGUUAUAAUCCCAUCACUACUACUGACUACUGUUGCCAUCUUGGUGUAUACCCUUCCGGUCUUCUUCCUAUGUACAUAGAUAUAUAAGUUGUAUUUUAUUUUUAAAUAAAAAUGGAAUUGUUUGAUCUAUA